AUGGUACGAGACGUAUCUGUUGCCGGUGGCAUUGCGACUUCUGCAGCCGCACUGGUCCUAGAGAGCCGUCGCUUUGGAGGACUCGCCUACUAUGGUCUCGUCGACCAGGCGAUGGGCGCAGGGUGGGAGUUUGGACAGGGUAUACUGUCCAUUGUGUAUGGAGGAGGUAUUGUAAUCGUACAUAUGGUCUUGUUUGGAGCUCUUUUAAUGAUGAUACAACGACGGGGGGCGUUUCUGACGACUUUUGUGCCUCUUGCAGCUGCGCUAUCCUCGCAACUGCUGCUGGGCUUUUCUACAUCGCGGUUAUGGUUCGCAGCAAUAUGCGCUGGCGCCGCUUUCUCCUUCCUUGACGAGCAAGAUACUUUCUCGUCCGGCUCAAGAAUGAGGCUCCGCUUCAGCAAGAUGCUGCUCUUGACGGCGGUGGUGUCUUUCGUGGUUCUGGCCCUCUACUACCUGCAGCAGCCGAUUCGCACAGUGAGGCCCAUACCCUCCACCCCCUCACCACCAUCCGAGGGUCUGGAAGUCGCCCCUCCCAAGGCAUCUAGCGAGCCAUUACAAUACACCGACAAGCGCACGCAUCCUAUGAAGUCGCUAAUACAGAAUUCGCAAGACUCAUGGUCUGCCAAGCUCGAGUCGCAAUCACAGACACUGGAGGCGGCAGUCCACGAGUACAGGCGGAGGUAUGGCAUUGCGCCUCCACCCCAUUUCGACAAGUGGUUCGAGUUCGCGAAGUCGAAAGGCGUCCAGUUGAUUGACGAGUACGAUACCAUCCACCAUUCACUUUUACCUUUCUGGGCUCUCGAACCGGCUACCAUUAGAGCCAGGGCGCGAGAAGCGCUUGGCUUUGGGGACAAUCAACUGAUGGGCCUGCUGAUACGUGACGGCAAGGCACUGCACGUCGAAGGUGGGCAGGAAUGGCUCCAGCAAGCUGCUGUCGGCAUGAUAGAGCAGUUUGUCGAGUACUUGCCCGACAUGGAUCUUGCUUUCAACGUACACGAUGAGCCGCGGGUGGUCGUGCCUCAUGACGAGCUUUCCCGUAUGGUUGAGAUCGCACUGACGAGAAACAUACCGAAAGCUGGAGCGCGAACGAAUUUGAAGAAUGCAUUCUCCACGCGACCCAAAGAUGUUGGCAGCGGCAAGCGCAUUGCUGAGGUCAAGACCACACGGUUCAAUGUUUUCGCACAUCAGCCAACGUGGAUCCCUUCCCGGUUAUCGUGUUCUCCCAAUAGCCCUGCCAGGCCCCUGGACGAGUCGCUCGCAGCCGACAAUCUCACCGCGUAUGCUUUGGGUGAGUUGGCCUUUGUGUACAACCAGACCGCUUUCUCCGAUGUAUGCAAUUCGCCAUCAUUCUCCAAGUCGCACGGAUUUUUUGAUCGACCCAACGCCUUCAAUGUCGUCCACGAUCUGUUCCCCAUCUUCAGCCAGAGCAAGAUGUCAAGCUUCCAGGACAUCGUAUACCCCAGCCCCUGGUACUGGUAUGGGAAAGUCCAAUACAAAGAAGCUCAGGACAUGGACUGGACGAAGAAGGAGAACAGAUUGUGGUGGAGAGGCAGCACGACCGGUGGCUUCAGCAGAGAUGGUGGCUGGAAACGACAACAUCGACAAAACUUUGUACGCAGAGUCAAUGCGUUGGACACAGCCAAGGUACUUGAAAACAGCAAUGCGGCAGCUACGGACGAAAAUCCUGGUUGGCAGUGGGUCGUUAAGGACGUUCCACGACAAGACUACAAAGAAAUCAUGGAUGUGCACUUCUCGCACGUUGGGCAGUGUGAUCCUGGCGACUGCGAUGCGCAACGAGAGUUCUUCCAGAUCGUUGAUCCAGCAGACCAGCAGGAUGCAUGGAAGUACAAAUACUUGCUUGACUUGGACGGCAAUGCCUUCUCUGGACGAUUUUAUGCUUUUUUGAUGAGUCACAGUCUCACGUUCAAGAUGGCAAUCUUUCGGGAAUGGCAUGAAGAGUGGAUCAAGCCGUGGGUGCACUACAUACCGCUCAGCUUAAGGGCGGAGGAAGCAUUGGAGGCUGUAAGAUUCCUGGACGCAGAGGAGGAAGGCAAGUCAAUGGCAUCGAGCAUAGCAGAAGCUGGAAGAGACUGGGCAUUCAAAGCUCUUCGAAAUGAAGACUUUGAGGUCUGGUUUUUCAGGCUGCUGCUAGAGUACGGUCGUGUGGUUGACGAUGAUCGCUCUUCUAUAGGCUAUUUUGGCUCAUAG